CGUAGCGCUCGUAGUGGAAGAAUGGCCGGCUGGAUGUGGCUCCGCUGUAUUUUAGGGCCUCAUUUGCAACGAAUUCACCGAUCAACGGACCAGGCUCGACCUGAGAGCCGGGCCGGGAGGAGGCAGGGAUGGAACUACCAAGCCAGGAGUCUGGAGAAACACACUGACAGCAUCCUGGGCUGGGCUUCAGCACUGUGGUCUAUCUCCUACUACAGCUCUCCUCUUCUCCUUUGCUAUCUGUACAGGAAAGGUUACAUCUGCAGCAGUAAGCUGGUUCCUGUGAGUCAGUAUGUGGGAACAAUGCUGGUGUGUCUUCUAGGAGUGGCCUGUCUUAGAGGGUGGGGGAGAUGGAAAAACUCUGAGUAUCUUCAGUUUCUCUCCAUUCUUGAAGAAAACAAAAAGAAUCACACGCCAACAAAUAAGCAAAAAUUGAGGUGCUAUGACUUUGACUUUUCAUUCUGGCCUUCGGAUUUCAGCUGGACAGAAGUCAGCAAUCCAAAACUAUCCAAGGCUGGCGUUUCUCUGCUAAAGCCGGAGCCCAGAUUAAGAGGAGCAGCAGACAGUGUCCUCCACUCUGUGCGCACUCUACCAUGCCACAUCAUCAGUUUUCUUAUCGCCCACUCAUUUGGGAGGAGGAUGCUGUACCCUGGCUCUGUAGGUUUACUGCAGAAAGCCAUGCGGCCCAUGCUCCUGCAAGGCCAGGCUAGGUUAAUAGAAGAGUUUGACGGCCAAAGGAACAAGCUUGUGGCCUGCGAUGGCAAUGAGAUCGACACAAUGUUUGUGGAUCGAAGGAGAGACGGGGGACAGACUGGCCAGACCCUGGUCAUCUGCUGUGAGGGGAACGCAGGCUUCUAUGAGGUGGGCUGCAUGAACACGCCACUGGAGGGUGGCUACUCUGUACUGGGCUGGAACCACCCUGGCUUUGGAGGAAGUACGGGAGUGCCGUUCCCCCAGAAUGAGGCCAACGCCAUGGAUGUAGUGAUCCAGUUUGCGAUGCACAAACUGGGCUUCCAGCUCACUGACAUUGUGGUGUAUGCGUGGUCCAUAGGAGGAUUCACAGCCAGUUGGGCAGUGAUGUCAUACCCAGAGAUCCAAUCAUUAGUGUUGGAUGCCUCCUUCGAUGACCUCCUGCCUCUGGCCCUCAAGGUCAUGCCCGACAGCUGGAGGCCGUUGGUACAGCACACAGUUAGACAGUACAUGAACCUCAACAAUGCUGAGCAGGUUCUCAAAUAUCAGGGACCAGUCCUGCUGAUCAGGAGAACCAGAGAUGAGAUCAUCACCACAACGGGUCCAGAGGACGUCAUGUCCAACAGAGGCAACGACCUCCUGCUUAAACUGCUUCAAUUCAGGUAUCCAAAGAUAAUGACAGAUGAAGGGAUUAGAGUUGUCAGGCAAUGGCUGGGAUCCUCCAAUCCCUUAGAAGAAGCAUCUGUGUACAGUGGCUACGAAGUGGACGAUGACUGGUGUGUGUCUGUGCUGCAGUCGUAUCAGGCAGACAGGGAUGUUUUGUUUCCAUGGAGUGUUGGUGAGGAUAUGACUCUGGAGGGAAGACGGCAGCUGGCUCUUUUCUUGGCACGAAAGUACAUGCGAAACUUUGAGACGACACACUGCACUCCUCUCCCCGCCUCCGAGUUCCAGUCACCCUGGAGACUGUAAA